GAAGAAGAAGAAGAAGAAGAAGAAGAAGAAGAAGAAGAAGAAGAAGAAGAAGAAGAAGAAGAAGAGAAGAAAAGAGAUGGGUGUUCCCCAGAGUCCAAACCCUCCUCACCUUUAUCCUCAAGCUCUUCAACUAAAACUGUAUCAGGCAUUCAUCUUUUCAAUUCCAAUCCUUUUUUCAAUCAUUCUCUUUUUGUUGUUCUAUCUGUUUUACCUCAAGAGAAGAGCUUCAACUCUUUCAUCCCCUCCACACUCUCUUCCCAUAAAUUCCCGCCAGCCUCCUCCUUAUAUCCAUUCGGGUUGUAAGAUGGGAGUUAAAGGGGAGCUCAAGAACAAGCUUCCAAUUGUUUUAUUUGAUGAAGAAUUAAGAACAAGGGAUUCACAAUGUUGUGUUUGUCUGGGAGAAUUUGAAAUGAAUGAGGAGUUGCUUCAGGCGCCAUUAUGCAAACAUGUGUUUCAUGCCGAAUGCAUACACCACUGGCUGCAUACAAAUUCAACUUGCCCUCUCUGCAGAUCCUCCAUUAUCCCCACUACCAAGCUUCUCAAUCCAACCACAAACUCCCAUCUCCACCAACUCAAUCUUUCAGUCAACCAAAACCAAGAAUUAACCAGUACUGCUUGAUUAAUUAUACUCAACAACAAGUAAGCAAACUUGUUCAAAGCUCAUCAACUGGGAAUUCAUGUUUGCCUCAUCAUUGAUUAUCGGCUUUAUACCGAUAUGGUUACAGGCUUUACACCAAUAUACCGUGCUCUUGGAAUCGUCAACCAGCUGGUGAAUCUAACUAAUCAUGGGCAAAUAUAAAGAGUAUAGUUCUGAGAUAGAUGUUAUCUCAGCAAAAUUUUUGGUGUAGUUGAUAAAAGUCGAUUCUUCUUGAUCACUACCUAUUAAUUAGUAAGAGAA